CGAACUCCCAGGGCAUCGGACACACGUGGUUGCUGUUAUGUUGGGGAUUGCGCCGGUAUUUCAGUAUUUCAACCUUUAAGUGAAGUGUCAUCGCUCGGAUAUCUUCACAUGCGAUUCAAGCUGCUAUAAGAAAGUGUGAAAGUCAAUUUUAGACUUUCAGAGUUUAGGUUUCACGGAGUCUGACGUCGUCCUGGCGUGACGUUACGCUGCUCGUCUCGGACACCAGCGGGCUGAAGCUGAAGCUUUUGUGGUUUGCAGAGCCAAACCAUGAGCUCUAAGGUGUGUAAGCACUGCGGCAGCUCGGACAUCGAUGUUGACCAGGCGAGGGGCGAUGCGGUCUGCAUGGGCUGCGGCUCCGUGCUGGAGGACAACAUUAUUGUGUCUGAGGUGGAGUUUGUGGAGUCGGGCGGAGGCUCUCUGGCUGUCGGACAGUUUGUGUCUUCAGAAGGUGGAAAUAAGAAUCCAUCUUUUGGGGAUGGAUACUUCCCGGGUACUGGAUCUGAGUCCAGAGCUCAAACACUGCAGAGAGCAAAACACCACAUUUACACCCUCGGUCACCAGCUACAGAUGAACCAGCACUGCUUGGACACGGCCUUCAACUUCUACAAGAUUGCCCUCAAUAAAAGCUUGACCCGUGGUCGCAAGGCCAUCCAUGUCAUUGCUGCCUGUAUCUACCUGGUCUGCCGCACAGAGGGAACCCCCCACAUGCUGCUGGAUCUCAGUGACAUUGUUCAGGUGAAUGUCUGGGUGCUGGGAAAAACCUUUCUCCUGCUGUCCAGAGAGCUUUGCAUCAAUGCUCCAGCUAUAGACCCAUGUCUGUAUAUUCCCCGUUUCACCCAAAUGCUGGAAUUUGGUGAGAAGAGUCGAGAGGUCUCCAUGACGGCUCUGCGGCUGGUUCAAAGGAUGAAGAGAGACUGGAUGCACACAGGAAGACGCCCUUCUGGACUCUGUGGAGCAGCUCUUCUUGUUGCUGCUCGUUUGCACGACUUUUGUCGCACCAUCAAAGAAAUAGUCAAUGUAGUGAAAGUCUGUGAGACGACACUAAGGAAGAGACUGACAGAAUUUGAGGACACGCCAACAAGUCAGCUGACCAUUGAGGAGUUUAUGAAGGUCGAUCUAGACCAAGAGUGUGACCCACCAUGCUUUACAGCUGGGCUGAAGAAGAAAAAAUCACAACAGCUGGAAUUGGAGCUGAAGAAAAAGAUAGAAGACUUUGAAGAUGAAAUCCAUGGGUACCAGGAUGAAAUAGAUUUAGAGCUGGAGAGCUGUAGACCCAAACUGAGAGGAGUUUAUGCUGCUUAUACAAAGGAAGAGUGUCUAAGUGAUGCCUUGAACUCGACAUCAUCUAAGGGGACAGAGGAAAUGACCGAGAGCAAUGAGCUCCUGGCUGUGGCUAAGCACUUCGGCAAGGAACUCCAUGAAAUCACCCUGGAAGCUCUAAUAAAACUUGAGAAGGAAGGUUCAGAGGAAGAUGAGAACCAACAGGAGAAUGAGAAUAUUCCAAAGCGAAAAGGCCCCACACUGGCUUCCAUACUGGGAAGAAUGUCCUCAUCAGCCACUCUGGGUCUCUCGGAGUCCAUUAGCAACUGUGCCGUAGAUGAUGUGGAGAAAGAUGACAUCACUGACAAUGGGGAGCUGGACCUGAGUGGCAUAGAUGACAGUGAGAUAGAUUUCUAUCUGCUGAGUGACAAUGAAGUCAAAAUCAAGACUGCGCUCUGGAUGGCAGAAAACUCAGAUUACCUAAAAGAACAAAAAGAAAAAGAAGCCAAGAUACAAAAAGAAAAGGAACUUGGGAUCUAUAAAGAAAAAAAGCCAAGAAGUCAAUCUAGAAGGAACACCACCAUUAGAGCCAAAACAGCUGAUGAGGCCAUUGAAAAGAUGUUGGAGCAGAAGAAAAUAUCAACCAAGAUCAACUAUGAUGUGUUAAAGGACCUUAAUGUAAAGCCUAGCCCCAGCCAAGCUAGUGAGGCAGAGUCACCAAAGCUGAAGCAGUCAGCCACCAGAACAGCUGGCUCCAACCGAAGGCCUGCUCCCACCCGAACCCCACUGAGCCUUAGCACGCCACUAAGCACUCUUGGAAAACGAUUGCAGCCAUUCAUUUCCAAACAGCCCAACAAGAAACUGGCUGUUGAGAAGACUGAAGCCACCAGCUCCCCAACAGUGACCGAAGUAGCCCAUCCCAGCGAAGUUGUUGUGGAACAUGGCCCCGUGAUCUAUGACGAUGUUGAAGAAGAGGAGGAUGAAGAGGAGCCCUGUGUUAGUGCUAUGGAGCUGCUUGGUGGUGACGGUUAUGGUUGUGAUGGAGAAUACGACGAUGGAUACUAGCAGCAUCCUUCAACCGUCUUUUCAUUCCCAACCGGCUCUGGACUCCAAAGUAGAUCCCACUGGAGGAAAUGUUCUCAGAUUUGUUCUCCUUUGUUCCAGUUGGGUGGAAAUGGGAACAAGCGAUAAGGUGGUGGCAGAGUGCUUUUUGAGCAGUGCACUGGAUUGUUUCAGGUUGGACUUUUUUCUGCGGAACACAACCUUAAGGAAGGUCUUAUUCUAACAAAGCUAACCAAGUCAAAAACAUUAAAGGACCUCAUUAGGACCUUAGGUUUUAUUGCACACAAAACAGUUCAGUGAUUUCUCCUGACAGGUAAUGUUUUAAAGCUAUAAUUUUUUUCACUCACAAAGAUGUGUUUUUCUUCAGAUAGUUAUUCCCUUUGUUAGCAAGAUAAAACCAUCUCUUGAUAUGUUUAACAUGUUUAAAUGAAAAUAGAAUUUAAUUUAUGCUCUAUGUUGCUUACAGUAUCCAUUCAAAAGUUCUAAAAUUAGAAGAGGAACAUACAUUAUUCUAUUUUCCUAAAAGGAGUUUAUUGAGGAAUGCAAUCCUUUUAGGUUUGGGGUUUAAUAUGAUUGUUAAUAUGGGUUUAAUGAUUGUGAUCAUGAGUCUACGUUGUACACUAAACACCCUAACUGGAUAAAAUAAAACAAUUUUUGUUUGGGAUUUGUUUUUUUGAGAACUAUUCAGAGAAUAGGGGUUAACACAGGUAAAUCUCUAAGUACUUAAUGUUUUCAUCUAGUUUAUUGCAUUUACCUUUAAAAUUGAAAAUAACGGAUUUUCAUUCAUAUCAAAAUCAUUUAAUUGGUCCGUCCCUAAGUGAACCCCUGCUGCUUAGGGUAGAGCUGCUGACAUCUGACCCAGGCUGAGCCAAUAGCAAAAAUCGAAUUCAGUAAACCCUUUUGAACCUGAAGUGGUCAACAAACGGGCAGUUUUGAUUUAGUAUAGUGAUAAAUAGUGAUGGGUUAAUGAGGAAUCAAUGCAAUCGAUGCAAACCUGUAUUGAUGCUGGGUUGACACUGUCUCACAAUACUGACACCUGCUGGACAUUUAAAGACAUUACAGGCAGCUUAUUGGACAGACUAAACUGAAUCUAUUUAAUGACCUAGUGCAAUGAUAGAAUUUAAGUUAUUGUAGGUUAUAUUAUUUCAAAUCUAUGUUUAAUUUGAAAAUAUCUUUGAUAGUUUUAGAUUUGCCAAUAAAUAAUGUCAACAUAUAUCAUUACGGUACAUAAAAAUUGAGGGGAAAUUGAAAAUGAGGAUGAUUGAGGACUAGGUUUUUAAAUUAUAAUUUGAAAACAAUAAGUACACCAAAAACAGUAAAUAAACUAAGAGUAAAUAUGAAAUAAACUUUAAUUUCAUAUUUACAUGGCAUUGUGUAGACUGAGACUUUAAUGAAGACCACACAACGACGCAUCUGUGUUGUUCGACCAAUCACUAGUGAUAAAUCUGAUGUGGGGGAGUGGCAGCCUAGUGGUUAGGGCUUAAAGCUUGGGACCCAGAUUCUGAGUUCAAGCCCCACUCCCACAGACUACCACUCUGGGUCCCUGAGCAAGACCCUUAACCCCACGCUACUCUUUCUAUUUAGUUAUGCAAGAAUGUUACUUUACGGUUGUACAUGACUGUUAGAAAGCUUUGUUAAAAAGUUUAUUUUGUGGGAAAAUGUAAAGAUAAAUGGUUAAGAUGAUUGUAAACAACAUUAACUACCAAAUAGAGAUAAAAGAAAAGCAUCCUGACCAUUUCAUGUACAAAAAAUUUAUUCAGCAUAACUGAACUUUCAAAACAAUAAAACUUUGGUAAGACUUUGAA